AUGUUGAGAUCGUAUAGAAAUUUCCAAAUAGUUCAGAAUAUAUACAAAUCAUGUACUUAUCAAAUUGGAAAAAGAUAUCAAUCAGUAGCAGCAGCAGCAGCAGCAUCAUCACCACAAUCAAAUGUUGUUUCGGAAUUGAAUCAAACAAAAUUUUCGAUUUAUAGUAGUCAUAUUAAAGGAGAUAUUACUAAUAAAUUAGAAAUUAUUCGUCCAGAAAAACAAUCUCUAAUUCCAAUAUAUCAAGUUCUCGAUGCAGAAGGCAAUGUCAAAGAUGAAACUCAUAUACCAGAUCUUAGCGAUGAACAUCUCAUAAAAAUAUAUAAAGAUAUGGUUCUUUUGAAUGUUAUGGAUUUUACUCUAUACGAAUCACAACGUCAAGAACGUAUUUCAUUUUAUAUGACAAGUUUCGGUGAAGAAGCAACACAUUUUGGAACUGCUGCUGCUCUUAAUCCAAAAGAUCUUGUUUAUGCACAGUAUCGUGAAUCCGGUGUUCUUAUGUAUCGUGGUUUUACUCUACACGAUUUUAUUAAUCAAUGCUUUGGUAAUAUUAAUUCACCUUGUAAAGGUAUUCAAAUGCCUAUACAUUAUGGUUCAAAAGAGCUGAAUUUUGUUACUAUAUCAUCAACAAUGGCUACACAAAUGCCACAAGCUGUAGGAAGUGCUUAUACAUAUAAACAAGCUCAAAAUGGUUUAUGUGUUAUAUGUUAUUUUGGAGAUGGUACAGCAAGUGAAGGUGAUGCUCAUGCUGCUUUUAAUUUUGCAGCUACUCUAGAAGUUCCAAUCAUUUUCUUCUGUCGAAACAAUGGUUAUGCCAUAUCAACACCAUCAGUUGAUCAAUAUCGAGGAGAUGGUAUUGCUAGUCGAGGAGCAGGUUAUGGUAUGGCAACAAUACGUGUUGAUGGUAAUGAUCUUUUUGCUGUAUAUAAUGCAACAAAAGCAGCACGUGAAUUAGCCGUAAAUGAAAUGCGACCAGUUUUAAUUGAAGCAAUGACUCUUAGAGUUGGUCAUCAUUCGACAUCUGACGACAGUUCAGCUUAUCGAUCAAAUAAUGAAAUAAGUUCAUAUGAUCAAAAACACAAUCCAAUAAUACGUUUUCGUAAAUAUAUGUAUAAACGUGGCUGUUGGAAUGAAGAAAAAGAAAAGAAUUGGAGAGAAACUUCCAGUGGAAUGGUAAAAAAAGCAUUGAUGGAUUGUGAAAAUAUAAAACGAGCACCAAUUUCAACAAUGUUUGAAAAUAUUUAUGAUAAGAUGGAUUCUAAUUUAAACCGACAAAUGAAGGAGAUGAAUGAACAUAUUCGUCAGAAUUCUGAUCAUUAUCCUUUAUCACGACAUCAAUAA